AUGGCGAUCACUGUCAUUCUCGGAGCCCAAUGGGGUGACGAAGGUGUGAGUACUCAGGGAGAGCUUAACACAACAGAUGACACCCAGGCAUUAACCAUACUACAGAAGGGCAAAUUGGUUGAUGGACAGUGUCAGGAGGCUCAGCUCUGUGCCCGAGCCGCGGGUGGACAUAACGCUGGACACCUCGUGCGCCCAAGUUUCUUUAGCGAGCUCAAGGAGCUUGAGAAGAACCUGACUGCGGUACAUGAUCGGAUCCUUGUUUCUGAUAGGGUCAAUAUUCUCUUGGACCUGCACAUCGCAGUGGAUGGUCUCGAGGAGGAGGAACUUGGAGACGCAGCUAUCGGAACAACAAGACGCGGUAUGCUCACCCCAGGACUCCAUGAUGGACUAUCACUUUCUGCUUUUGUCACGUCAUCGCAAACAUUCCCAAAUCUCAAUGGCGUGGACAAUCCCAGCAUUGGUCCCUGCUAUCAGACAAGUAGAGCGCGAACUGGCAUCAAAAUGACCGAUGUCUUUAACCCUGAAGUUUUCGAGCAGAAGUUAAGACGCUUGGCCAAUGGCUUUCAAAAGCGCUUCGGAGAACUGCUCAAAUAUGACAUCGAGGCCGAGCUUGCUCGUUUCGAUGAGUACAGGCAAACGCUCAGUAAGUACGUCGUGGACGGUGUGGCCUUUAUGAAAUCCGCACAGGAGAGCAACAUGAAAAUUGUGAUCGAAGGCGCAAACGCACUGAUGCUAGAUGUUGAUUAUGGUUCUUAUCCAUUCGUCACUUCCUCAAGUACCACACUUGCUGGUAUUAUUGGUGGACUUGCCCUGAACCCAAAGAAUAUCACGGAGACGGUUGGGGUGGUCAAGGCCUAUACCACACGUGUCGGGGCCGGGGCCUUUAAGACCGAGGAUACGGAAGAGAUUGGCACCAAGCUCCAGGAGAUUGGACGCGAAUGGGGAACGUCGACUGGCCGCAGACGCCGAUGUGGAUGGCUUGGUAGAUACAACCUCGAAACCUUGAGUAACCUUGUUGUGGUCAAGUACAGUAACUCGAUCAAUUACUACGACAGCCUGAAUCUCACAAAGCUCGACGUUUUGGAUACCUUCGAAACAAUCAAGAUCGCCAUUGCCUACAAGAUCGAUGGAGAGGAACUGGAUUCUUACCCUGCGGAUCUUGACAUCCUGAACCGAGCUGAGGUGGUUUACCACGAGAUGCCAGGCUGGCAAAAGCCGACCACCAACGCGAGGACCUACUACGACCUUCCUAGGGCAGCCCGCGAUUACAUCGAGUACAUCGAGAAGUUUGUUGGAGUCAAGAUCAAGUACAUCGGCACCGGUCCUGACCGUGAGGCCAUGGUUCAGCGUGCUUAA